AUGGAAAGCGACGUGGUAACACUCGACUGCAGCGUAUUAAAUAAAGGAUCCUUCUUCUUCGUCUUCUCCUCCUCCUUCAUCUACUACUACUACUACUACUACUACUACUACUACUUUUCCUUCUUCUACGUCUUUUUUUCUUCUUCUCCUAUUCCUCCUACUUUUCCCUUAUUUUUAUCAUUUUCCUUCUUUUUCGUCGUCUUCAUCUUCUUCUUCUACUUCUUCUUCCUCCUGCUUAUUCUUCUUCCUCUUCCUUCUUCUUCUUCUUCUUCGUCCUCCUCUUCCUUCUUCUUCUUCUUCUUCGUCGUCGCCCUCCUUCUUCUUCCACCUCCUCCUCCUUCUUCUUUUUCUUCUUCUUCCUCCUCCUUCUUCUUCCUUCCCUUCUUCCUCCUCCUCCUCUUCCUUUUUCUUCGUCCUCCUCCUACUUCUUCGUCCUCCUCCUCCUCCUAUCUCCUCCUCCUUCUCUUCCUCCUCCUUCUUCUUCAACUCUUUUCGUUCUUUCUUUCUUUCUUUCUUUCUUUCUUUCUUUCUUAUGCCGGCAAUUCUUACUGUUUCUGUCGCCUGAGGUUGAGGUUUCAAUUUCUCUCUCUCUCUCUCUCUCUCUCUCUCUCUCUCUCUACCUAUCUAUCUAUCUAUCUAUCUAUCUAUCUAUCUAUCGGUCUCUCUCUCUCUCUCUCUCUAUAUAUAUAUAUAUAUAUAUCUUAA